AUGGCGACAAUAAAUAGCUCUCCACCUUCUCCGAUACAGAGCCGGAUCAAAAGAAAUAUUGUGCUUGUGCACGAUCAACCCAAGUUCGACUUGGAGUCAUAUUUGGCAAACUACCAAGGACGAACGAGAGUAGAGCGCCUCCUCUUCAUCGGUGCAUCCUCUACAGUUCUUGGAGUCGAGGCUCUCAAGUUAGCAAUUAAGGAGGCCAAAAAGGGCAAGGAUGUCAACCGGUACCUCCAAGCGCAGAACACCCUCCGAGUUGUAGGACCAUUCGAGCCAGAAGCUAGUAGGGAUCUGCCGUGGGUGGAGAAGCAAGGCAAGAUAAAUCAAGCUGAGACGACACGCCUGGAGGCGGAGCUGAAAGGAUACAAAAACAACUUGAUCAAGGAGAGCAUUCGGAUGGGACACGAGGACCUGGGCAAGCACUAUCAAGCUAUUGGCGAUCUGCACAAGGCCUUCGAGGCCUACACUCGCAUGAGACAAGAUAUAAGCAUGGCUAAACAAAUUGUUGACGUUAGCAAGCACCUCAUCGAAGUCUCUAUCGAGCAAAGAAACUACGUUGCGGUCGCAUCCAACUUGCAGAAGAUUCAAGGUACAUUGGGAAGUCCAGACGACGACAGAUCUCUCCAACCAUUCCUUUGCACUGCUCAAGGACUCUGUCACCUGGAUGCCGCAGACUACUACUCGGCUGCACGGAAAUUCUUGAGCGUGGAGGCCGGCAUGGGGUCAAGCUGUAGCACCUUUAUCAGUCCAAACGACGUUGCUGUCUACGGAGGUCUAUGCGCUUUGGCUACGAUGGAUCGCAACGAGUUACAAACCAAAGUCCUGGAGAACUCCAACUUCCGCACGUACCUCGAGCUGGAGCCUCAUAUUCGACGAGCCAUCUCCUCCUUUGUAAACGGCCGAUAUACCGCUUGUUUGGAGGUCCUCGAAGCUUAUCGUUCAGAUUACUUGUUGGAUCUCCACCUCCAGAAACAUAUCGACGAGCUCCACCAGCUUGUUCGGACUAAGAGCAUAGUUCAGUACUUCGUCCCCUUUUCCUGUGUGACCUUGGAAAGCUUGGACGCAGCGUUUGCCGCGCCAGGUAAGACCAUCGAGAAGGAGUUGGUUGCCAUGAUUACGAAGAAAGAGCUUGAUGCACGGAUUGAUACCCAAAACCGACUCCUCACCUCCUUACCCUCUGCACCCCGUUCUUCCCUCCACAACUUAGCCCUCGAGACCGCCAAGGAGUACGAGCGCGAAACCCGACUCCGCAUCCAGCACAUGAACAUCCAAGGCGCCGACCUGGAGAUCAAGGGCAACAAGCGAAACGUAGCCUUCAACUCGGGACUGGACAAUGAUUUCUUCGACGGCGGAUUCGGUCGUGGUCGGGAUUUAAGGUCGGGAAGAAAUGCUUGA